CGAAGAUUUAGAAAUAUGGCGUCGUUUGUUCUUUUACUGUGGCAGUUCUUCGCGUCCUUUUAGUCCAAAACCAAAGUAAAUCAUGUCUGUGAAGGUAAAAGAUGUCUUAGAUGCGCUCCAGCAAAUGCAAAAGAGCCUUGAAUGUUCUAUAUGGUGUGUAAAAUUUCUACAAGCUUUAAUAGUUAGCGUGGGUUCUCCAAAGACGAAAGACGCCAUACUCAUUUAUUUCGUAACAAAUAAGACUUACUUAAUUCGCAGCCUUAUUCCUUUCUUUUUGACAGCCUUGAGCUGCUGAAGGACCCUCAUUCGACUAAGUGUAAUCACCAGUUUUGUGGGUAAGUGUUAUGAACUUUCCUUCGACGACAAUUGUAAAUGCAAAAUUAUUUUGCAACGGGCUUCACUCUUCAUUGCUUGUACACUAUAAUCAGCUACUAUGUGCCAUAAAAGCUUACCUUGUGCAAACAAAAGCUCUAAAGUACACUGAAGUGUUUAAAGAAGGCUUAAAAUAAGGAAACACUUGCUUAAAAUCUCCACACAUCUCUAGCCAUGUCAUUUUAUUUUGUUGUACAAGCACAGCUGACAAGCAGCAUUCUCAUAAUGAUACUGUUUCUCACAUACAAUGUUAUUAGGGCCGGCAAGAAGUACUGGUAAUAUUUAGGACCGAGUGGAGUACAAUUCAUAUUGUAAUAGGGGCAAAGUACUUUAAUAUUCCAAAAAUAAGCCCCUCCAUGUAUAAGCCCUGGCCCCUCCAAAUAUAAGCCCUCAAACUCAUAAUGCCAAAAACCCUCCGUUAAAUCGCCCCUCCUAAUAAAUUAUAAGCCCCCUGGGGGCUUGUACUUGAAAAUUGCCCUCAAAUACAAUGUAACACAAAGCAAAAAUGGUAAAUUUCCUUCCAACUAUAAGGCUAGCUCAAUCGAUUUUGAAACGCAAAUUUCCCUCUGUAGAUAAGCCCCUCCAAAUAUAAGCCCCUCCAAAAAUGAGCCCCUCAAAAAGGGCCUUUGAAAAAUAUAAGCCCAGGGCCUAUUUUCGGAAUUUUACAGUAUGUAUUCAGAAAAGAUAAGGCCUGUUCAGGAAACGUAACCUUUUCAACUCUGUCUUUCAUUGAAACAGUCAAUGCAUCAGGCAAGUUCUUGAAAAGAGCAGCAAGAAAUCCAAAAACAAGUGGUACUGUCCUCUCUGUAAGACUCCUGUAUCCAAACGGUAAGUUCUUUUAUUAUUUUGUUCCCCUGAUCAUGAUUCUGAACGUUUUUCUUUUGCUGACAGGCCACAAUUAUGUAAGUCAGGAUUAAGUCAGGAGCCGAUGUGUAAGUCCAUAAGCCAAAAAGUGAUUGAACACCUCUUACAGUGUAAGUCUGGUCCCCUAGUAACCCAAGCAUAAGCAUAACAUGGUCCUCAUUAGUAACACAAGCAUUUGAGCUUAUGAGCUGUUAAGGAGUCCCUGGCAACAUACUUGUCCUUACACAACACCAAAAAAAAAAUUACUCCUCCCACCAGCUUUGUAGGCUGGGCAUCCUAAAGGUUCAGAGCUUUUGCACUCCCUUAACUUUUUCUUAGUGAUUGUUGGUCUUGAGUAAUAACUUAUAAAUUCACCUUUUUGAUGAGUUGCUGGUAUACAAUUUUAUCUACAGGGCACUGCAUGCAUUCUACCUUACACGAGCAUGCUGCAGAGAUUCCAAUUGACAACAAAAACUUUGCUUUUCAUUUUCAGGAGCUUGACUCCAAAUCCCAAGCUAAAUGAAAUUGUUGCUGCAGUGCGCAAUUUACAAGGAGCAGUUCAGGAUGACACAGGAAUUCCUACAGGUGAUCAGAUUGUCAACAUUUUAGGAUAUAUAAAAUGUUAGAAAUUAUGCCAGCACCCUUGUGAUAGUACAAUUUUUAUGACGUAGUUGACUAUAAUUAUCUCUAUCAAUGGAAGAAUUAAUAAACACCGAAAAUACAGGUGUAUUUCAGGAAUAUUUACUGUAAAUUAGCCAACAUAAUAAAGCUCAGGACUCAUAAGCACACUACAAAACCAUUGACAAAUUACCAUUGCUGCUUGUGCAGUUUAGUUUGUCAUACCUGAUUUGAUUUUUAUCGCAACAAAAUAACAUUCCAGAAAUAUUAAUUCUGGUUUUCACUGCUACCUUGCUAAUGUACAGACCAGUGUCAAUCUUUAUUUUCUUAUUGUAUGAGUAUCUGAGUAUAAUAAUUUAUUUUGUAAUUUGCUAGCAAUAAGUUUUCAUUAUUAUUAUUAUAGUAAAAAACUUCUACAAAUUCACUUUCACAUGGAUCAAAACUUACAUUUAUCCUGGAGCACUUGUUGUUGGGUAUUCUGAGACAUAAAUUUUGACUUUUGACUUUGCAAAUUUUAUGUUUAAAUAAUUGUUUAUGUUAGGCCCUGUUCAGAUACAAAACUUUUCAUGGCUGGUUGAAUUGAGUCAGAUGACGGUCCUAAUUCCAGCUGAACUGGGAGAAAAAUGCUCAUUUCAGCCAAAAUAUUGCAAAAAUUCAUAGUAAUAACAUACAUAUUUCAAUCCAAAGUUGAACUACACUGUCGCUGAAAAAAGCUCAUUUUGGUCAAAAUGCUUGCAAAAUGUGUAAUAAUAAUAUAUGCAUUAAGUUACACACAUAAUUUUAUAAAUUAGGCAUCUGAAUUGAAGCAUUGUUCCAUAGUCACUCCAAAGUUGAAUUUCCCAGCUUGGCAAGGCAGGAAGAACAGCUGAGUAUUUCAAAUUGAAAUAAGCAAUCCUAAUUGUUUCAGACACCAAACUUUUCAUGUACUUUAUUCAAAGUAUUACCAGGUUCGGCUCAUGAAAUGUUAGUGUCUGAACCCAGUCUUUAAUCUGUGUGAUCAUGAUUGCAACUAGCUCUUAUCAUCUUUGUUCAGGUUCUCCACCAUCACAGCCCUUGAAAGUACCCAACACAGAUGUUAAUUCAAGUGUGGUUUCUUUUUCUGUUCCUCAACCAACACCUCGAAAAAAUGCUACAGGUCGCAAGGGUAGACGGAAAGCUUCAAGAGACCAGUUUACUGUGUACAUAGAAAAAAAAGGUAUAAUUAUAACGAUUUCAUACGAAAAUAAAAGUUACCCCAAAUUUUUUUAACUUUGCACUAAGCACUGCCUUCGACCAAAAAUUGUAUCCAAUGUAUGAAUGUACAACGCUUGUGUGCAUUGGGUAGAAUAUUUAAGUUGCAUGUGGUACAGUGUAGAAGACACUCUAACCUGCAAAACAAAGCAACCUAGAGCAGUAAUUAUGACAGUUGUAGAAAUAAUGUAAGCAGACAUACAGUUGUACAUGUUUUACAAUGUACAUGUAUACAGUGCAAUGUACCAAUAAAAUUUGUGGUGAAUAACAGUCAAGAUCACGUAGUGUAGGGUACCUGGUAUUCUACAAGUCCAGUUAGGAUACCACAUUCACCUUUAUACUGGGUGUCACUGCAGUUAACAAUUUGCUCAAUGAAUUUACAGGCUGUACAAGAAGAAAGCAUGAAAAAAAAAAAAAAACUAGAAUUGUUUUUUGUACCUACUUGAUUGUGUUACAUUGUAGCUAUUCAACCUGCCAAAGAAGUAACAGAAAUGUUUGGUUAACUGCUAAGUCAACUACGGUCACAUUUUUUUACGUAAUUCAGUUCUGCUCCAAAUUUUGUAAAAAGAGCACAUACCAAUGGUCAUUGGCACUAAGAGUGAAGAUGUACUGUAACACACUCUGCAGUUGCAGCUGGAAAAACAAAUUAAUAUUAUUGUCAUUCUUGAUUCUAUACAGAAAAUUUUGGACAUGCUUUGGAAAGCCAGCCUCCUCAAAUUGUAUCAAAUGUGAACAUAAGGUACUUUACAGUCCACACAUGCGUGAUGUGUUUCACUUAUAACUUUGGUUAAGAUUUUGCUUUCGUUUGUUUCAAAGUCAUUAUCGUAAAUCAUUACCAUACAAAGGAAGGUGAACUCUAAGCCUAGGAGAAAAUUAAAGCACAACAUGCAUACCAUGUUCCUGUAAAUAAAAAAAAAACAUACAUGUACCCAUUUCAGACAAUACCACUGAGUCACUGUAAUGAGCAUCCUUUGCAGAUGAGUGCCCUUCCACAGAAAGGUUGUAGCCAAACUUACAUCAAGAACUUUUGCCAGGCUAAGUGCCCCUUACUUUCAUAAACAAAAAUGCCCCAUUCACACCAAAUGGACAUGUUAAAUUAAACCAGGUUUAAAAAAAUGAAAAACAGACAUACAAAACUGGAACACAGGUUUAUUUCAAACAGGAUUCAAAUGAAAAUCAAGUAACAUUUUGUAAUUUGCUCUUAAUUCAGAAAGCAGGUUUUAAGAAGGAAACAAUUUUAAAACAUGUUUAAGCAUUGGUGUGUACGGGGCUUAAGAAUAUCUAAAGGGAAGGGGUUCUAUAAUAAUAAUUCUGUUCUGACAUUUUUUCCCUGUUACUUUGCUGUUUUUAAUUUGAGGACUCCCCUCCUCUCACUGUAAGUUAGUGCCCUCCAUAGAAUAAGUGCUGCCCUCCUAGGUCGAACCACCAUGUGCGACCAGCUCUGGUAAGCAACCACCACCCAUAAGCGACCAACUAUCAAAAACACCAAAAUUUUCCCAGUCAGCACCCUAUAAUCAGAACCUCUGUAAAUGACCCACUCCUGUAAACUACCAUGACCACUUUUUGGCCUGAUGGUCUAUUAUCUUCUCUUGUAUUUAACCUUUAACCUCUUACAAGCAGCCACCUGUGCAAGACGUGGUUUUUUUGUUCGCUUUGUGAACUUCGUCACUCAGAGUAAACAAAGAACUUUCCAUGGGUAGUGUAGGAACUGCUCGUAAGGUCUCUCCUAAUUGGUCACAGGAAACAAUGACAUGUCAUUCUUGUAAUUGUUUUAGUAUUGUUUGGGGUCAGUGAAACACACCUAUUUGACUUCUCUUCCAAGCAGCUACUACAUGACCCCUUUCAGUGCCAACAUCGAAAACAUAGGACAUGUUUUGUACUUCUGUGUCGGGACCUCUUUUUGAAAGAGACUCCCUGUUUGACAAUUCUUGUAAGCGACCACUAAACCUUCUCAUUUUGGUUGGUCGCUUAUGGGAGGUUCACCUGUCAUAUAUUGUAGUCUGGGGGAAAUCUGUGGCCACUGUAGCCCCUAGUGACAGCCCUGUUAAAGAAAUAUACAUGUAUGUCUGGCUUGUGAAUUUUUCCAUGCACAUUUUUAAAGUAAAAUAACCAGACCUGACCAGGUAUUUGGUGUUUCACCCUUCCCCUCCCCACACCAAUGUUUUUUUUUAUUAUUAUUAUUUUUUCAGCUUUAUUGGUCUAAACCCCUUCUCAGGGUUGUCACUAAGAUUUCAAGUUGCCGGGUAAACAGGGUUCUCAAUAGAUUUUUAAGUAGGAGGUGAUCACUGAUAAAGUAGGAGGCUCUUCAGCAAAGCCAGAGGUGUCAAAACAAAGCAAAGAAAAGCGACUUAAACACAAAGUAAGCGGCUAUAAAUCCCAAAGUAAGCGGCGAUCAAUCGCCGGGUGCCGCCUUCUAUUGAGAACCCUGGUAAAUACAACAAGUAGGCGGGGAAUCAAACGGCUAGGGAUUUCUUUUGGUUCUAUUUGUCUUCUAUUUUCCAAUAAAAGUAGCCGGGGUCCACUCUCUUAGUAGCCGGGGAAAAUCCCCGGCCCCCGGCUCUUAAUGACAACCCUGCCCUUCUUAAUUAAUGAUGUAAACGAAAAAGAAGGUGAUGCAGCAUUACAGUUCUUUUGAAGCUAACUGCUUAAUUCCUUUAUUUCAAAGCCAUUAUUACAACAAUAUUACAAUGCUGUACAAUAAUACACAUUGUAGGCCACGCAGUAGCUGGGUGAGAGUCUGCAAGUCUGUUAAGUUUCCUUGGCUUGUUGGUUUUGUUAUAAUUCCAUAUCACUGCCUAGAACUGCACACGUUCUGUUCUCCUUUGAUCAUAUUUUUGUUUAUACAUUGUAAUUUUAGUUCAUCGCUUCGACCAUUGCCAGUGACGCAGACACAAACAAAAGCCAAGAAAUCAGCCAAAAUAGAAACAACUAGGAAGACAAGAAAUUCUAGAAGAAUACAGGAACAGAAGAGUCUUCCGGAGGACACAGAUCUUGGGAGGAACAGCAACGAUGACCUGCUUCACUUGAUAGAUACCAUGACUUUUAAACCGGUUCCUACUGAAGGUGAUUGAUCUUCUUUGCCACCCUGAAGUUUCACCUAAAAUCAUGAACUUGGAAAAAUGAGAUGUUAUAAUGUACAUGUACAGUGUAUAGUUGCAUGGACUAACGAUACUUAACAUGUAUAGCUGUACAGUGUAUUUAUCUUGCGCCUUGUCUAUAUAAAAUAACCACAUUACUUGCUAAUGAAUAGUAUUACUGAAGCUAGCAGUACACUGUAGUUUGCUUCAGAUCGCUGACUGCGGUUUCACGGUUUACACUUUAUUUAAAACAGCAGUGCAUACAUGUACAUCACCAGCAGUAGCUUGGCCGGUUUUGGCCUCCAUUAUAGUGUUUUAUCCGGCAUCGAAAGUUGGAGUAACACUAUUUGUUUUUUCGUACUUACAGGUUCAUCUAAAGAUUUCAUUUUGGACCCAAAGACAGAAGAAAAAUUAACGCCAAGUGAUAAUUCCUCUCCUUCAACAAUAACUUUGAGCACAUUGAAAGAAGUCGCAGGUGAAAAAGACGAUUGUAAACUGAAUCCGUCCAUGCAGAAAGAAAAACCUGUUUGCUUAACAACAAUCGCUGAGGCGGACUCGUCCAUCAGCAUUAACCCUUGUAGUAGUACAGGAUUGUUUGGAGACAAAAACUUGGUAAACUGUGAGAACACAGCAAAUCCCAAAGAAAAUGUAGUGGCAGAUACCAGCUCAAAAAUUGCCAACUCUACAUUGUUAUGUAUUCCUCAGAGCACUUCCUUAGACACCAUGCAAAGUGUGUCGAUUCUGCAGUCACUGGAAGAUCAACCUCAUGAUUCAGCUGGAGGCUUUUGCAAUGAAAGUGUCGUCGAAAACAAUCAACAGAAUGAUGUUACUACCUAUCAGGGCGAUGAAACAGACGAGCUGUUGGCAAAUGAAAAAUGUGAUGUGGAAAACAGGGAAGAAAUGUACGAUGAAACUCGAGGUAAAGCUUGUGGUGAAAAUCCAAUUCAUGAUGUUGACGAGGCAAACUUUAAGAGGAGGAGUGAAGAAAACAAGCAGAUCUUAGGAAGCAUCGCUUAUACAGAAACGUAUGAGAAAGUUCGCGAUGUGUUACCUAAUAGCAUCCCCGCCAAAAUGCCAGAAAUAGAAAAUCAUUGCAUUGAAGGAAACAACUUGAGCUCGACCGUUAUUUGUGGUUCAGCCAUCCAAGAAAAACCAGCUGGAAACUAUGAAGAAAGGGAGACUCAUGAUAAGCGAUUAUCGCAACCUUCUGAUACAAUACUGCCAACUGAAAAUGUCAAAACUAGUGCUGAGCAGAGCUUGGACUUUGAGGGUUUGGUAUCGCUGUUUGGCGAGCCCUCGUAUAGUACCUCUCAAGACGCAAUGCACAAAGAAGAGACCGCACAAAAUAGUACUCGUUUAGAUAAGGCUGCAGAGCAGUGGCAACACGCCCAAACUCUGGAUAAGGAGACCAAUUUAGGACAGUCUUUAGAGGCAGUGCAACAAGUCCAAACUGUCAACAACAUUUCAAGUUGUAGUAAACCCAAGGGUAAGAAAACAUCACCCCGUCAAAAAGGGCGUGGUCUUGCAAACUUGCAAGACAGUGAGGAGAGUGAUGAUUCUUCGGAUUUGUGUGAACGCGUCAAACAAAGGCAGAGAAGGGGAACGUCCAAGAUGCUGCUGACAGAGUCUCCCACGACGUCAUUAACAGCUGAGUCGAAGUCAAAAAAGCGGACUGUAGAUUCUAUGACUAGUUUUAAAACAAGAGGUGAGUCCAGCCUCGAAGGCAGUGCCAAGAAGAAGUUUAAAACAUCUGAAGUUCCUUCCCCAAGUCAGCUCUCCUCAGAGAAACCAAACACAGCAAGAAAACAGACACCAAGGACCAGUGAGGUUUCUAGCAAGCAGAAACAAACAGAGGACCUCGUUGCUACCGACUGUAAUGAACGGAGUCAAAGUCAUCAGUCUGAGAUGGUCAAUUAUUCUUGUUCAACCGAUAAGAGCAUUGAUUCAAAUGAAAUUAUUCCAGCCAGCGUCUCUUCAUCAGAAAAUUCCAAGUCAGCAGUUAUUGAUCCAAUGGAUGUGUAUGCUGAUCAGACUCAUGAAGAGAAGAAGGAAGUUGCCUCACAGAGAAAAGAGAGCUUGAAAUUGCAUAAAAUUAAAGAAAGAGGCAUCUUCGUCGAAGAUUAUUCAUCAGAUUUGAAGACAGCAGAAGUAAGAUCUCAAGAAGAAAGGCAACACUCUACUGCACCACAAGUCAAGAAUGCUGUGGACCAUGACGAAUCGACCCAAGGUUUUACGCCAUCUCCGAAACUGUCUUUUCUGAGUCAGAACUUUAAGGACAGUACAAGUGGACAGAGCUUAAUUAAUGAACUGAAAACAAGUCAUUUAGCUGAAUCGCUUCCUUGUGACCAAAGUCAGAAAGCGAGUUUCAAUGUAACUGAGCAAAGAUCCCAGCUGUACGAAGAGGAUUUUGUUGACCAGGAACGACUUGGUACAGGGAAAGACCGUACUGCAUAUGAUGAGGAUACUCAUGUUCCGAGAAAAACCUUGAGAACUCCACAGUGUUCAAGUGGAAUAAAUUCCUUAAAAGGCAAGGAAACAGGCGACACCAAAAAUGAUACUAAGGAAAAGGGCGAAUAUUCUAGUCAACUUGCGGAGAAUCGCUCAAAGACAUGCAAACCCUUAAGUCAGGAAGGCUGUACCUUAAGUGGGACUCCAACACAGUGUUCACUGGAGGCGGAUGAUUUCACGCCCUGUUUGUUUGGAAACAACAGCUGUGAAACUCCAGCAAAGAUAGUGAGCCAGAGGAGGACUAAACGUGUGGAAAGUCCUCUUCAAGAAGGCAUCGAAGAACAUAACGGAGGGAUGAACGACGCUGAAAUUGAAGAGAUAGGUGUUGUAGACGAUAGUGAAACCCUUGGUGUGACUGGGUUGCUUUCUGGAAGCCAAAAGGGUGCGUCGUUAAAAACCUGCUCCGAUGGAACUCAAAGUUUUGGAACCAGUCAGAGCAUCUCUGUACUACAUGACUUGGACGUUCCAUCGCAAGGACAACAAGAGGGUACAGAUCGCAGAGACGACCGUAGUGAACCGGCAUUUCAUGCAGAACAUUCCAACAAAGAAACAGAGAGUGAUAAAGCGUGGGCAGAACCACUUCCAAAGAAACCGAGAAGCAAACAGCAGCCGGAUUCACAAGGGAUGGAAUUGAAUAUGUCAAAUUGUCACGGCAAGAAAAAAACCAACGGUUCAGAGCUCACGGAAAGUGAAAUCAUACCACCCACACCACCCGUCAAAACUGUUACCAAACACGUGUUCGAUGUUCAUGCUCAGUCUCCUUUAAAACUUACCAGCCCCAAAAGGAACGUGCAAAUGAAUGAGACCAGUAAAGCAGCCUGCCAUUCCAAGAGUUUAACUGUUAAGAGAAAGCGGAGUAUAAGAAGUCCUCGUUGUUCAAAUUCGCCAAAAUUGCAGGAGAAUACCGAUGAUGGGACUGCGAUGCACGUGAGCAGUUCUUUUAGUAGGGGGAGUGAAGUCAAUGUCUCAGUACUCGAAAAUCAUGAUCGUACUUCCACGAAUGCUGAUAUCAAAGGCUCAAGUCAAGCCAUGGAGUUUGAAGUUGGUACUAGCGCUUCUUCGGAACAACAGCUGGUAAAUUUAUCACAAGAGACAAAUACAGAAACAUUAGUUCAUGGAUCAAAAAUAAACGCCAACAAAGAGGCAAAGAGGUUAAGACGACUAGACAACAUACAAAAGCAAGGAACCUAUUGUGAAAGCAUUUCUCCUCGAGUUUUAGAUGGGCCACGUCUUUCACAGUCUGAGGCCAACAGUAAAGUGUCGAAAUAUGACAACGUUGGACGAGAAGACUUGAGAGAUAGUCCUUCAGCUGAAGUGGAAAGCAUACAUUCAUCUCCAUGCAGUCCUGUUAAGCGACGACUUGCUAACAUAGGCGAUUCAUUUGAUUGGUCAGGAACUCGAACCGUGCAGAAACGCGAUGGGUAUUCCCAGGAUAGCCCGGUAGCCCUAAACAACUGUAACAAUAACGCUGAACAUUUUCGAGGCCAAGAAUUCGAAGAUUGUUACGUUGACCAGUUAAGUUCACCCAACGCUUCACAAGCUCGCGACGAAACUGAAGAUUCAUCGGAGGAUUUCUUAAGGAAAUCUGAGGCAAAAGGAGAAUUGUCUAACCCUUUUGUUGGCAAUAUUCGCGUUAGGAAUUCCUGCAGUGUCGUUGACGAGGAAAUUUCAUUGACGGACGCUGAAGAGGAAGACUCCUCUGGAGAUGAAAGUUUAUUGAAGCCGGCUUUUCUUCCCAAAGAAUCUCGGAAGUCGCCUGAAAGUCAAAUAGAUAAUACUCAUGACAGUGACGAUGAGGAGGAAGAAGUGACGGUUUUUUCUCAAGAGCUCAUUCCUUCUGAAAACGAGGAUGACGACGAUGAUGGAGGUAGGUAGUUUGAGCUAUUCUUGGUACAGUUUAGAUAUGAACCUGUUUGCUUCCAGCUUGGUUUAGUCAUAUAUUGCAGUUGAAAAAGAAAUCUUGCAUCAUAAUCUUUUUUCGACCCCCUCAACUGACUCACUUUGCGGCAAGUAUGCUACAAAUAGUUGGAGAAGCUAUGAAUUUCAACCUUAUAACGUCCGUUUAGAGAGGCCGAUUGACUAGCUAUUUGAACCUGAGUUGGGUAGUUAAUGAUAUCAUUUCCUGAAAAUAAUUAGAUAAAUUUGCCACUCAUAAAGCAUUGGAAUGUUAGUUUGGUGGCCAAUUCUAGAUAUGUUAUACUAAUCAAGCAGCGUCUAAUGUUGAAACGCUUCUUCUUUAUGGUUAUAUCCUUAGAUUUUGAUCGUCACCCGAUAAAUAAGUUUUUUUUUUUAGUUGGUUUCGUUACCCUCGUUAACAAAUUUGGAACAAACCAAUUUCUAAGUAUAGGUAACGGAAGAAGACGCAUAAAAUGGGGCUGUGGAUUCAUUGAUCAGAGAUAGGGCAGUGUGUACUGAAUUCCAGAUGAAAUACUUUUUGACAGUAACGUGGCCGAUAGGGAGAAGUCAUCGAAUAUCUCGCUGACAGACACUUUGUCUUGUCAACUCAUUGAUGGUUGUGUAAAGUAAAUAGCAACACAAAUUUUGAAACGAUUUACGUUACCUACCUACCAAAUCAAAGCUAUUGUGCAACAUAAAACCUUUAUUAUCUUCAUCCUUGUAGCUUCUUAUAAAGCAUUGGACAGUACUGGAGCAUCGACUUCCACAUUUCUGUCAGAAGCUGCUGCAUCAACUCAGGUUUAUCAAUCAAUCUUUAUUGAGAUUCAUAUCAUUUAAUGUACGUGUAAUAUCAAUGAUUUCUCCUCUAAUGAUGGUGAUUCUUUAAUAAAAGAAUAUGCCAAAUUUUCGUGGAGACUCGGUACACUGUUUUAAAAAGUCAAGGAGAUGAUAAAAACUAUAAAAACAGGGGUUCACCAUUCUCGUGUCAAUAGGCUAUGUUCACACUAUACUGCAAGGCUUAUGCUCUGACACGAAAACCAUACUGGAAAGGGCAUCUGUUCACACACAAUAUAGGUGAUAUCGGCGCUUAUUCUGCGCAACGCCGACUUCUAAAGUGGAGAGUCACAUGGCGGAUUAGAUUUUCGUGUCGGCAUGAAAAGCUAUCAGGUUUUGUGUGAAAAUAGCCUUUGUACAGGUACCGUACAACGGUAGCGAAUACCACUUCAAGUGGUAUUCGUUAGCGUUGUACGGUAGGCCACUUUAGCGAUAGCCUUGCCCGACCCAAAACUCCAUCAAAAGCAGCCAAUUCAGUACCGAAAAAAGAAAAUUCAGUGAAUAUUGCUUGAGUUAGACUUGCCACAAGUCGACCUCCCCAGCUUUUCCUUCACAGCUGUGAGUUUUUUCCAGGGCUUUUUAGGCAGCGAAGCGGUCGAGCAAGCGUGGAAGUCACGAGAGAUCUCGCAGGCCGUAUUAAAUAGGACGAAGGACGAAGGAAAGUAUCUGCUUACGUAUGUCUUCAAUCUGAAAUACCCUCUCCUGUUUUGCUCUAUUUACUUAAGUAAGGGGAAAACUGAUGAUGUAUCUCAUUUCCUAACGUGUACAUACUUCGCUGUACUGACACCACUUCAGAGGGAUUUAUACUCACAGCCUGUUGUAUUUGCUCUGAUAAUUGCUUUCUACAGAGAAUGGACGUUCUUCGGCAAGACGUAGAGGCUAUGGAAAAAGAAAUGGAAGAAUUAAGGGCCUAUCUUGCAAAAACUGACGAGAAUAGAGAAGACGAAGAACAUACGCUUAAAGACGACGACAUAAACUAUCAAGAAGCCGGUAAGAACACUAUUAGGCCCUCUGCAGCUGGUCAUUAGGGAGCUUAAGCAACUACGACGGCGACGGCUGCAAAACGUCACUUAAAAAGUGAAUUCGCUCUGUCUGAAACUUAAUCGCGUUUGUUCCAUCUCGUUCAAUUCGUCAAAUGCCGGCAAAUUUUUUUGGAGUUGAAUUCUAAAGGAUUGUGUCAAAUUAUAGGAAACGAAAAAGAAAGUUGUCUUCUGUUCAUGGCCUCCACAAAACGUGAAAUUAGGCAUUUUCAAGUCGUAGUCGUGCAUUGACGGCAAAUAAAUUUACAAAAAAGCGUGUGCAGAGUUGUUUUUUGCGAAACUUAACCUAUUGCCUUUAUGUCGUUCUCGUUGACGUCGCGGUCGUCGUUGCUUAAGCUCCCUAUUUUCAUGGCACAAAACCGCCAUGCUGUAGAGCAAGGGACGCACUGGGAGAAGACAAACAAAGGAAAUUACCAUUUUAAAUGACGUAAGGGCCUGUUGCAUAGAGGUGGGGACCCCAAAUAGGUGAGGUAACAUGCGGCUGGUCACUCCACCUAUCAUGUACACGUGAUCAAAUUAAAGUAAGACAUUACAUGGGCAGGCAGGUUACCCCACCAAAGCGGGUUACCUUACCUACCUGGGGUCCACCACCUCCAUGUAAACAGGCCUUAAAUCUUUUGUUUGUCUUGUCUUAGUGCGUCUCUUGCUCUCAAGCAAGGCGGUUUUGUGCGACGUGAAUGACAUUGUAGCGGCACAGGGCUAUUUGGGAUAAUUUGGAAGUCAACUCUCGUCUCACUAAUCUUGUUUUUUAGAGUUUGUGAUCUUCUGUUCAUUUUCUCGUCACUGCUACUGCUGCUGCUGCUGAUGUCGUCCUUUGUAGAAGUGUUUCAUGUGGUUACACUAUUUUGAACAAAGAUUCCGAAAUACUACUUUUUUCGCCCUUUCCUUGUUACAUUUUUUCGCUUCUGAAGGCAUUUUGUUGUUCUUCGCAUUAUCUAGACAUAUAUUGAAUUCAGUAAGAUAUGGUUCGUUAACUCAAAAAGGAAUUCUUUAACUGUGAAGAUGAACUUAGUAGAAAAAAUGAGACGCAUACAGUAAAUGCUAAGCAUAAUAGCACAUUGAUUUUACAGAUUUAGUUGAUGAUAGGGAUAUCCAGCCAUCGCUAACUCCACCACCGCCGCUCACGCCAAAGAGCAUCCCUCCAAUGCCUCAGCUCUCCACCCCCCUGAAAAACUUCUCACGCUAUCUAGAACAGGAGGGGCAGUCUUCCGACGAAGGUAGCGAGUGUGAAGAUGCAACAAUCAGUGAGCCAGUAAAGAGAACAGAGUUGCCAAGGAGAUUUGGUUACCAAGGAAACAGGAGUACUACGGAGAGACUUAGUCCAGGAGAGAAGUCUGGAAAGAAGCGUCCUUUGUCUCCAAGUGAUGACGAUGAUGAUGGUUUGAGAAUCACAGAAGUUGAGCAUCGUCAAGAAGAGACGCCUUCGCCUCGCAGUAACCACUCAAUGGAAAGAUCUCAAGAAAAAGACGAAGACAAGUUGAUUGUUAUUGACGAUAGGAACAGCCCUGAAUCAAGAAAGGGUUCACUCUUGUUAGUAAAAAGAAGAAAAUUGACUCAUGACCUUAUGCCUAAAAAAUCUCCAGUCGUUAGCUUGUUGUUCACACGAGCAGGCAAAGGUUUAGGGAAAUCUAAUCAGUCUCCAGGGACGCGGUCUAAAGGAUCAUCACCUACCAUGAAAAAGUCUUCGUCUUCAAUCUAUUUGCGAAAACCUGGGACUAGUAUUUCGCCGAUCAGGGCACGGAGUCCAACCAAAACAGGCUCACUUAAAGGCGUGUCACGAGAUAAUUUGUCGAAAAAGGAUUCGUCACAUAAUGGUGUGUCACGCGACGAUGCGUCAACCACUAGUGUGUCACACAGUAAUGUGGCACGGGAGAAGUUGUCACAUGAACGGAGUCACUCGCCCGACUUGGUGCUCACUAACGUCAAAAAAGUGACAAGCAAGAAAAGCUUGGACAAUAAAAGGGAGGACAGGACUACAGACAGGCAGCUAUCUUUUGUUGCGACACGUUUAAACAGGCAGCAGUUGGUAAGAGUUUGCUUACGCGUUCUGCGAUACACGUAUUUCUAGUUAUUAUACAGUGAAACCUCCAUUAAGCGGACACCUUCGGGACCUUCCCAAGUGCCCGCUUGAUAAAGGGUGUCCGCUUAGUAGAGGUUUGUAAAAAUCGGGGGCACCCAACGACUGUUUUCUGUAGAAUAUCUGUUCGGGGAAGGGAAAAUUUCCUGGAAUUUUCUAUAGCUUGAGGAAGGCUAAAAAUUUCUAGAUGACUUUUCCAUUCGUGUACAAUUUUCUUAGCUACUUAUCUUAUAAAUUCCCUACGAUUUUCUAAAGUUUAAUUUUUCGCAUUUCACUCCCCAGGUUAAGCUAUUUUUCGUAGGAAAAAGAAUCCUAAAAUUUUCGGAUUUGGAAAUGUCAUGGAGAGAGGAAUGAGAACAAUUCUUACUUUUGCAAAACUUUAAAUUGCAUCUAAAAUUUUCGGAAAAUAGUACUGAAGCCCUAGCAAUUUCGAAAAGACUCAAGUUGCCCCAGGAUGACCGAUCAGAUACAAAUUUUAUAACGCCGCUUAAAAUGCAUUCAAUGCAUUUAGGAAGAAACCGGCGUUGAGUGCCCCUGAAAAGUUGCGCAAUUUUUGUUAACGACUGACAUUCAGCGGUUACUCUGUACUGUGAUUAAGUUCCAUGUUGUUGAGGAAAAUAAGGAAGCUGUGCUGUACUUUGCGCAAGACUUUUAGGCGAACUUUGAUCGCGGAUGACAAUUAUACUGCCGGAUAUCGGUCUAAUCUACAGUUUAUUGACAGCUAAAUGUAUUGAUUUAUCUUUAUUAAUCGACUACAGUACGUAUUUCAAGGAAGUAAUCCAAUACUACUAUUGUCAAUUCAGUCCGGUGUCCGCUUAAUAGAGGUUUUUAACAAUAGAAAUUAGCCAAGUACGAUUUUUUUUAAGUGUCCGUGUCCGCUUUAUAGAGGUGUCCUCUGAACAGGGGCUUUUUAUAAAGGGAAAUAUAAGACGUUAAUUUCGGGACCCGGCUUAGCGCCCGCUUAGUAGAGAGUGUCCGCUAUUUAUGCGCUGGUUGAAGCCUUUUUCCUGUUUUCUCCUUCAAUGCAUUGCAGGCUUACGCGUGAUAGCACGCUAUCAGGGGCGGUGUUGUGCUUCAUUAUGAGCCUCUGGUGCUUUGAUGCAGUCUGCAAACGUAUUUUCGGUUACCAACUCUCUUCUUUUCAGGCGAAGGGUGGCGUCAACCAUAAAUACGUUUGCGAUCGUAGGCUAAGUUUGUUGCCGCACCACUUCAGAUUCAGCGUGCAAAGAAAGUAGUGUCCGAUAGCCCGGGGCUAGUGGAUUUUGCUAUCGGGCAAGUGAAUUCUGUUUUUAAGUUGCCCGACGGGCAAGUGAUGUUUUUUGAGGAAUUUGAAUAACAGAAGAACUGUGAAAUCAAUUCUGCUCGUCAAAAAGGUUUGGGGCUAUUUGAAAUGACGUCUGGGCUAGUAAACUCUAGCUUCAGCUUGCCCGAAAGGCAAGCUGUAAAAAUGAUUUUCUUUGCACGCUGAGAUUUCUUCUUUUAUAUAAUAUUAUCAUAUAUAAAUUUUUCCCAUAUAGCGUUUGCCAAUUAGACCUCGCUUCCUUCUCUUUAAAAAAAGAAACCAUCUUUAACAUUCCUAGGGAGCUUAGUUUUUGUUGUGGAAAUAUGGCCGUUCUGGAGAGGUUAAAGUGAGAGUAAAUAAGAGUGGCCAUGAGCAAAGGUUUAACUGUAUUUUCGCUCUGUUCACUCUAUGUGAUAUGUUGUUCGCCAGGCUGAAGCUCGCACCCUCGCUGAAAUGUAUGGUGGAAAACUAGCUAGCGAGUUCAACAGCAAGACAAGUCACGUGAUUAUGACCACUGGUAUGUCGCUACAUGCUGACAAAAUCUGCUAGAUAGUUAACCUACCCUUGACACAUUUAACCUUUUCACUAUCACAGAGUCCAUCUCGGUGGUAUACAAUGUUGUCUAACUUAGCUUUUCAGCAUCAUAUAAUAUGAUCUUCGUAUUAAACCGCCUACUUGCGAUUGUUACACUUAGGACUGGUCCUGACUGAAACAUUUCACGUUCGUUGGAUGUUACGUGAUAUCAAAGUACACUAGCCAAUGAAAGCGCGCUGUUGAGGAAAAAUCGAGCUCUAUAGCAAUAGCAUUUAUCAGUUUUUAGCACUCAUAGAUUCUCGCGUUCAAUCGUUCGCAAAUCUUCCUCUUUCAAGUGUCUCGAUAAUGCAUGAAAACUACUUUUUAGUUUUUUAGUGUCGCAAAGAAAAUGAUAAUUUUAAACUACCAAUGCUCCAUCAUUCUGAACUGUUUAGACAAUUUUUUUUACCUCGUUUAAUGACAAGAACCGAGAAUGAUCUCUCUUUCUUCCAGAUGAGAAUAUGCAGUUGACACGUCAUAGUUAUACCAUGAAGUACCUACUGGGUCUGGCUCUUGGAAAAUGGAUUGUGAGUCAUCGAUGUAAGUCAAUCACUUGAUUAAAUUAAAAAUCUUGUUCACAUGAAAUCAAAAUUAAAAUCCUUCCUUCACAACGCUCGUAAACACUAAGUGAAUCGAUUAGAAUUUAGAGUGAACGGGAGUGCGAGAGCCAUUCUAGUUUCCAGAUUCCCACGGCUUUUUACUCCGAGCGAGUUGAGGCGGGGUUCGGUAACGAAAUCUUGUUUUCUGAGCAUUUUUGCAAUUGGUUCUGGUUUUAUCUCUUUUUUUGGAAAAAAAAUUGCGCGAAAUUUUUACGAAUUUAGUUCAUAUAAUCGUCUAAAGAUCGUUCUAAUAUGCUCAACUAUAUGUAUCACUUUGUUCCCUACUCCAAAGCAUGCUUAGGAUAAACGUGAUCCCAUCUCAUUGGUUUCGUUUCUGCCUUUUUACAUUUUUUUUUUAGGUCAGGGUGUGUUAUUUACGCUAUGGUAAUUUUUUUUGUAUUCACAGGGAUUGCUGCUUGUAACCAAGCCAAAUCACUUGUUUCAGAGGUGAUAUCACCGUUCAUUAUGGGUUCUUUAUUAGGUUUCUUAAUGCUGCCACAAGCAAUGUAGAAAGCUCAACCUAAAACCAAAAGGCAGAACACCUCAUUUUCGUUCGCUUUGAUCCGCUUUUCAUUCCUUUUACAGAGACAGUCCUUUGACAUAUACACAGGGUAUGCAGUUAGCCAAAUACCCUGACAUAACAGCAACACCGACACACCAUCGACCCUUGCACCUCUAGUUCACUUAAUCAGAUCUUUGUGAUGUACAAAACCAUGUAGUGAGUCGGUCUUGUAACAUCGAAUUUUUUGCCUUGGUUUUAUUCGCCGCAUCAGCUGAGAAGGACGAGAUUUCAGUUCAUGGCGAACGAUACGUAGAUACUUUUCUUUAACAACGAUCUCCGAUUCGCACGUUUUAGGUGGAUUAUGAAGUAAAAGGCGAUGCAGGUCUUGGACAAGCUUCGAUUCCCCGAGUAGCAAGAACAGCCAGAAGCAACAAAGUACGACUUAAUCUGUAUAAACGAAUUUGGCUCGAUUUCAGUGAAGAUUUCUUCUGAUUAAAGAUUGCCCGGGAAACCCGUAAUUUGUUUUGUUUUUAUUUAGGAAGCACUUUUAUUUGAAGACUAUGAAGUCCUGUGUUUAGGUGAAUUCAGUGCUGCUGUCACUAAAGGUAAUAUAUGAUGCGUGUUAUUGUCAUUUAGUAGUCAUUUAGCAGACGUAAUCAAAAUUCGCAACUUUAUGAAAGGGGAAGUAACUGGACUGUUGUUUUCACAAACAGCAAGCGUUAGCUCUACGUUAUCUCUUUCUUCAACCACUUCUUCUAAGAGGUGCAUGCGAUUUAGGGUUUUAAAUGGAGGACAAGCAUCGCCUCAGAUAUAAAGUUUGUAUUUGGGUAAGAAAGGAUGCAUGGGGUAAAGAAGGGGGGAGUGUAUAUCUGGGGAAUGCAAGGAGUCCCCCUUCCUCUUUCCCCCUUCCCCCUUCCCUAAGCACUGUGGUUCAUCUGUGGCUGUUACACUGAAUUUCCCUUUUCAUUGGUAGCAAGUAUUUCUACUAUGUCUUUCUACUAUGUAGAAAGUACGGGCUGAAAAUGAUUUGUUUUGUAUUAUUUCUUACCUUUGACAAUUACAGAACAACUCAGCCAGUUAUUGAGAUUUUGUGGAGCAAGUGUCUUCACUAACGCUGAAAGCAUGAAAAGGACCGAAAAGGUAUGUUACAUGGGACAUUUUAUGAAUAAUUAAAAUUUUUGAAAGUCAAAACUAGGAAUUUCAUGCGUUCCGGCUCAGUUCACUGAUCAUCUCUUUUAAGAUCCUUUAGAACUUUUAUGUAGCCAUAGGUAAUCGAGUUUCCUUUCCGUGAAAGUAACAACAGUUGUUUUAAAUUGCCUAUAUCGUAAACGUAAAAGUUUUUAUGUUUUGAAAAAACACAUUACCACAAGAAAGUCUGAUUAAAAAAAUUGGCCCUCUGAACAAACUGAGAAUUUUUUUUUUUUUAAAUAAAAUUUAAGGUAUUAAUUUCUUUGGCACGUCUAUUCCGCUGAUCAUGAAAUUUACAGUCUCAUGUGUGACGUCAUGAGUCAUAAAUUCGGCAACUAAAAAACGGGAUUUUAUACAUACUUAUCCUUUUCUUUGGGUCGCCAGUGUUGUUUAUUUACCGCGCGACUACUGAAACCGGGGCCACUUAGACAAAGUAUUACAGGAAAAUAACAGUACACUCCAAAAAAGGGUGGUUGUCGAUCAAUCAGCAGCUCGCAAAAACAAUAAGUUACUCGAAGCACAAAACUUACCGUAAAUACUCUAUUAAGCCCCCCUCUCAAAUAAGCCCCCUCCCUCUAAUAAGCCCCCCUUUUUCAGGGGAAGAAAGUUAAUAAGCCCCCCUCCCCUCCCCUAUUUAUUCUAACUUCGUGUAGACUGAUCCUGGAUGGUUUACUUUCCAACUGGAAGAUCGGAUUUGAUUCUGAUCCUCGGCUGCAUGACCUAAAACUUCUUGUAAUUGAGCUUUUCCACUUUGCCUUCUAGUUCUUUAUGGAGAACUGAUACUAUCGUGGUUUCUAAAUUUAAUAAGCCCUCCGUCUCUAUUAAGCCCCCCCCCCCCCUCCCCACCCUACUUCAACUAUUGAUAGCGGAAAGCAAAAUGUUUCACCAGACAAUGUUUUUCUAUUCGAAACUUUGCAUACAACACCCAGUCACGUGUUCCUUAAUUUACCUCAUAGUUCUUUUAACGUACGUCAUAGCUCCUUGGUUUCCGAAAGGCUUCCUUUUUUCGUAAAGGCUCUCGUAGUAUUGUGCGCUUAUUAAAAAACCAAAAUUUUUAAGUUAUGGGCACCUUUUUAGUUAAAACUAAACAGAAUACCUGUUGUUUUUACUCUCUAGGGUCGUCAAAGAGUCGUCACAAUUGACAAAGAAACUCGUGAUAACGCUAAAGAACUUAAAGGUACACAAAACUGCAUUUUAAGCCCCGUGCAAACGGACGCAACAUUGUUGGCCAACAACUCCCAACAUUGUUGGAUGUUACAUGUUGGGUCCGUUUGCACAGUCUGUUGCAUGUUUGUUACAUGUUGUUGAGUGUUUUUGGGAGUUGUUGCGCAAAGUAUGAAACCGGUCAACCUUUUAUUUUUGAGAAAUUGUAAAUGCCGAGACUAGGAAUGUGUUCGAAUAACUUGAACUACUUGCAAAAUAAGACAUCACGUCUUUACCACAUUCGACGCACGUAUAAGAAAUGUAAAAUGUAAAAAUAAAAAUGUUCUGGAAGUUUUAAAAUCCUCGAAAUAUAUUUCGCUCUUCGAGCCUCGUCAGUCAAGCUUUUAGCUACGUAAAAACGGACGCUACAACUCCCAGGAUUGUUGGCCACACGUAGCUUAAUACUAUGUUAUUUGAUCUGGCUCCCUUGAUAUCUUUGUUUUAAGGGAAUGUCAUUUGUCUUUGGUCAAAUUUAACUGAUUUUUUAAUUGACAUAUCGCUUUUCAUUUUGCAUAGCUAUCUGCCGUCAACUAAACAAGAAGCCUGUAUCUUUGGAGUGGGUCACCGAUAGUAUUGCAAAUUACAAGUAAGUGGCGUGGACAACUUCAAGUUUUCCCUUCUGUGGCUAAGACAAGGGCACUGUCGCCGAUAUAAAAUAGAACACAAGGUGGUUUUUUGUGGUCAUUUCUACGUUAUCGUUUUUGCUUUGUGACCGUAUACCUGUGAGCAUUUUGUUUUUCCAAGUUUCAAGUAAAGGAUUUCUUUUUUUUGUACUUUGUGUGGAUUUGAUAAUCUUCCCUUCCUAGACUGAAAAUGUUUUUGUUACGAUAACUAUUGCGAUCGAUAUACUGUCAUUCCAUAUGGCUCCUUUAUUCGUUUCUGUGAUUUUCUAAUCAAAAUCAUUUUCCUUUUUUUUUCCCCAGGGUUCAAGAUUUGAAAGACUAUAUCGUCGAACUUUGAAGUAAACCAUUAUUACUUACCGAAAAUGAUAAAGAUUGAUAUACAUGUAUUAACGAACUCACACAUAAUACUACGGGGUAAUCGUAACACUUCACUUGUGCCACAAGUUAAAUGUCAGGAAUCAAUAAUGGACUUUUAAGCCUGAACGAAAACAGG